AUGGAGGAGACCGGCGCUCAGUGCGCCCCGCCGCAGCCAGCGGGCUCCCAGACAGGGGUUUCUCAAGCCAACCUCUCCGUUGCUCCCUCCCACAACUGCAGCGGCGAGGGCUACAUUUACCAGGACUCCAUCGCCCUGCCCUGGAAAGUACUUCUGGUCAUGCUGUUGGCGCUCAUCACUUUGGCCACCACGCUCUCCAAUGCAUUUGUGAUCGCCACUGUGUACCGGACGCGGAAGCUACAUACCCCAGCCAACUACCUGAUCGCCUCCUUGGCGUUCACCGACCUGCUAGUAUCCAUCCUGGUGAUGCCCGUCAGCACCAUGUAUACAGUCACCGGCCGCUGGACCUUGGGACAGGUGGUCUGCGACUUCUGGCUCUCGUCGGACAUCACCUGUUGCACUGCUUCCAUCGUGCACCUCUGUGUCAUCGCCCUGGACCGCUACUGGGCCAUCACGGACGCCGUGGAGUACUCGGCGAAAAGGACUCCGAAGAGGGCGGCAGUCAUGAUCGUGCUGGUGUGGAUUUUCUCCAUCUCCAUCUCGCUGCCACCCUUCUUCUGGCGCCAGGCCAAAGCCGAGGAGGAGGUGUCGGACUGCGUGGUGAACACCGAUCACAUCCUCUACACAGUCUACUCCACGGUGGGCGCCUUUUACUUCCCCACCCUGCUCCUCAUCGCCCUCUACGGCCGCAUCUACGUGGAAGCCCGCUCCCGGAUUUUGAAACAGACUCCCAACAAGACCGGCAAGCGUUUGACCCGAGCCCAGCUGAUAACCGACUCUCCUGGGUCCACGUCUUCGGUCACCUCUAUUAACUCGCGGGCUCCCGACAUGCCCAGCGAAUCGGGGUCUCCUGUGUAUGUGAACCAAGUCAAAGUGCGAAUCUCUGACGCCCUGCUGGAGAAGAAGAAACUCAUGGCCGCUAGGGAGCGCAAAGCCACCAAGACCCUGGGGAUCAUUUUGGGAGCGUUUAUUGUGUGUUGGCUGCCCUUCUUCAUCAUCUCCCUAGUGAUGCCUAUCUGCAAAAAAGCAUGCUGGUUCCACCUGGCCAUAUUUGACUUCUUCACGUGGCUGGGUUAUCUCAACUCCCUCAUUAACCCCAUUAUCUAUACCAUGUCCAAUGAGGAUUUCAAACAAGCUUUCCAUAAACUCAUACGUUUUAAAUGCACAAAUUGA